AUGACGCCCUCCACGCCCGAGCCCAAGGAUGCAGCUGCUGCAGGGAACGUCACCGCAACAAGAUCGCAGCGCGUACUAGCCUGCGUCUGCUGCUCCCAGCGCAAGAUCAAGUGCGACCGCGUCUUCCCCUGUGCAAACUGCGUGCGGGCUGGCAUGGAGUGUGUGCGUGCUGCCCAGCAGGCCCACCGCCGGCGCAGAUUCCCGGAGCGGGAGCUGUUGGGGAGGAUUCGAUACUACGAGAGUCUCCUCCGCCAGAACGGCUUUAGCUUCCACCCUCUGCACAUGGCAGACUAUGAGCGCGGACGGGAGCGGGAGCGUGAGCAAUACCAACAUGUCCCGCUUAGCGAUGAGACUCAUUUUAGCGAUGCGCGCUCAGAUGCGUCGUCACACAAGGCCAUAGACUUCUUUCAUGCCAUCGGCAGCUUGUCAUUGGACUCCGAAGAUGAACACGACGACGACGACGGUGACGGCUCCAACCUGAUGUCCGUCAAGAACCCAUGGCCCGAGGGAUACGACCACCUUCUCUUCUUUGGCACUCCAUUAACAGACCCGAACCUACAUACUCUGCAUCCCGAGCAAGUCCAUAUUCUCAGGCUCUGGCAGAUAUACCUGGACAAUGUCGACCCACUUCUCAAAGUCACGCACACCCCAACGGUGCAAUCACGGAUCGUUGAUGCCAUCGGCGAUACCGGGAGUAUUUCACCAACAUUUCAUGCUCUCAUGUUCAGCAUUUACUGCGUCUCGGUCAUGAGUCUCUCCGAGGACGAGUGCUUUUUAAUUCUACAAACACAUAACCUCGACAGCCUCACGGCUUUGUAUCUCUACCUGGUGUCUGUGCAGGCCAAGACAGAUCCACUAUCUCUGUCCUCUACUCUUGCCGUGGCCAUCCGCAUUGCAAAACGCAUGAAGAUACAUGAUGAAUCCAGUUUCUCUGGCUGCGACGCUCUAGAGGCCGAGACGCGUAGAAGGCUGUGGUGGGCACUGACGCUCUUUGAUCACCGUACCUGCGAGAUGUCUGACUUCAGAGAUACCUCGCUCGCUCCCACCUGGGACUGCAAGCCCCCAAGCAGUAUCAGCGAUUCCGAUUUGCGGCCGGGGAUCAAAGCGCCGCCAGCAAUCCACGACAAGCCCACUGAGGCGCUGUUCGCCGUGGUGCGCAGCGAGCUAGCCGACUUCCUCCGCCACAGCGCCUUUCACAUCAAUUUCAUCAACCCAUCCCUCAACUCCAUCGUGCAGCCCAAGGCAGCCCGUCAGUGGCCGGCCGCAGCGGAGGGCGAUACUUUUGUAACUAUCGAGAAGACUCUAGAGGAGAAGCGCCUGGCGCUGUGCAAUCCUGAAACUUCGCUCCAUUUCAUGACCAUCUGGACGAUGCGCAGCGCUUUGGCAAGGAUCCGGCUGCUGCAGUACUAUUCACGGCAGUCGGCGUCGGUGGCGACGCCGACGGGGGCCCAGCGCAGCGCGGCCAUCUCCUGCGCGCUGCGCAUGCUCGAUUGCGACACGAAACUGAGGGCACACACCCUUACCAGGGGCUUCUUGUGGUUCGUAGACAUGUACCUCCCAGCCAUCGCCUUCAACCACGUCCUGAACGGGCUGCGGAACCGCCCGGACGAGGACUGGGCCGGCGAGGCCUGGGACGCCAUGAGCGCCAACUACGAGGCCCGCACCUCGGUGCCGAGCCCGGACAAGCACCGGAACCUAGUCAUCUGGAUCCCCAUCGUCCUCCACGUGUGGCAUCUGCGGGAGGCGCUGCUUGAGCGGCAGAACAUGCCCCCUGCACAAGUGCCGCGCAUUGUGACGCUUAUGAGAGAAAAGGCGAGACAGAUGAGCUCAGGCGGCGAAUUUGGUAUUGAUGGGACUCCUGGGGACAUCAAUAACAUUGAUGGGUUUGAAAUGGAAAUGCCAAUGAACUGGGGGUCAUUUGCGGGUGCAGCUCUUGUUGGGUGCCCUGAAUUGAGCGAUCAGCCUUUGAUGAACGCCGAUGCAGGCCAAUUCUGGACACAAACAGACUGGACCUAG